GGUCGAUCGCAAACCCCCCAAGCCAAUUUCAAUUCACAGAACAAGCAGUCGGUGCCAAGCUCUUUCCGCGAGAUCACGCUUGCUACGGGCGCUGAGUUCGAGGGCAACUUCAGUAGCUCAGACUCAACGACUUAUCGACUCACCAUGGUGACUCAGAAAAAGAUCCCCAACGGAGGUGAAAUCGCCAAUGGUGCUGGCCGAAAGGAACAGCUCGGUAUGACUUUCCAGCGAAAGGAGAUAACCGAUGCUCGUGUGGUAUCUGGCAACACUGGCAACCGGUCCUCGUUUCGAACCGAUAGCGCAAUCUCAAAUGUACGGAUUGGCAGCACCGAUCGAGUCCUAAAGCCAUGGGUCCCAGAUGCUGGUUCCCAGAUUGACGAGAGCCUGGAGAAGUCAGCAACUACCGGAAAGCCAUGGAAUCAAUUCGAGGAGAACGAGCGACUCUUUGGAGUUCACACGGACUACGACGAGUCAAUUUAUACCUCGGCAAUCAAUAAGCAACACCCGGAGUACAAGGAGCGAAUGGCGAUGGCUGAUAGGAUAACACGCGAAAUUCAGCAGACCGCCCCUGCCACAUCGCAUGUUGCCGAAGAGCGUGUUAUGGACUUUUCUGGUGGGGGUGAGGAUCAGGGGGACGAGGAAGCAAAGUACAGUGGAGUACGACGUCAGGACUUCCCCCCCUUGUCGACCCGAGAAACCAACAAACAUAUUUACACCCCUCCGGCUCGACGUGCCCCCACUGGCCAAGCGACCGUCAAGGGCGCCCCUGUAGAUCCAGCUAUCAUCUCCUCGCAGUUGAAGAUCGCCCCUACCCCGAAGCUGCCAACUCCCAAGGUCGGCGAGACCAAUAGUUCCCCCCAGCCUGACAAGACUCGGACCUCGCCAGUUGCACAGAGCACUCCGGUCGAGCCUAAGGCAGAGAAGCAGACCAGCGAGGAAAAGGCUCUCGAGGACAAGAAAGAAGUCAAGCCCUCUGAGCAGGUGCCUGAGAAGCCCCCAACGUCGGCACGUCCAUCCGCUGCUACCAGUCGUACUACCACUAAGGACAGCGCCCCGAACGCUACCGCUACCGUUGAGCAAGAUGUCUUGGCUUCGUUCAAGUCUUUUGCGACACGUGAAAGAAACAUGCAGGAAUACAAGCGAAUGGGCAAGGCCAGGGCAGACAAAGAGGUAAAACUGAUCGAACUGAAGAAAUUUUCAACCAGUUUCAAGUUAUCAACGCCUGUGCCUAAAGAUCUGAUCUCGAUCAUCGCCAAAGAUCCCGCCAAGCAGAAGCAAAUUCAGGAGAAGGCUCUGCAAAAUGCCGAGGAGAUGGCGAAGGUGAGGGCUUCUGUCGAUACAUCCGUCCCGCAGAAGGACACCCCGGCGGCAAUAAAGGAAAGCCAGCCCAAGACUACGGCUGAGCAAUCGACGCCCUUGGCGGUUCCUGCGUCGGUUGAGUCUCGAACUACUUCGCGUCCAACUGCGCCGCAACAUUCGUCCUCGCAACCCGGCGUUCCGAGCCGCCAUCCGGGCGGCCGUGCCUCGUACAACAACCAGCCUCACUAUCAAUACAACAGAAAUGGUCGCACCCUGCCGCAUAUGGCGCCCCAGAACCAACAAACUGGCAAUCUUGCCCAACGGCUCCGCACUGUUGAGCAACAGAAGCUGCAACACCCGCACAUGGGCCAACAUGCUCCUCUCCAAGACAUACGGCUUCCUCCCACAGGCCCGGCUAAUUCUGUUGACGCGUCAUACGGACGCCGGAUUAGCGGCGCUCCGUCGUCCUACUUGGGACCAAAACUAAACCCCAACAGCCACGAGUUUAGACCUAACUCGUUUGCGACGUCGACUACAUUUAACCCAUCAGCUGUCAGCCAGAGCUCUAGCCCUCGCUCCUCGGUGAACAACAUUGUCGAGGCUACACUUGCUCCUACUCCGGUUGCUGGCCAGUUAAUUCGGCGCAAGACCAAGGCAGUUGAUGUGAAGAAAUGCUUUAUCCUUUCCCAUAUCCAGACAAUCCAGCCUCCUCCGCCGCGUAACUGGGAUGAUAAUGACGGCAUCAGACCACCUUACGAGACGAUUCCGACUUGGCGUCAGCUACAGGACGAGACGGAGAGUCCCGACUCUACGAUGCACCUAACCUACAAGAAAUACUUUGAACGGUCAAUGUCGAACGCCCCGACGGCUACGCCCAAUCCCUCGCACGUUAUGCCCCAGAUACCGCACCCUCAUCACCCCCAAAUCCCGUUUCAUUUGCAACUCGGCGCGCAGAACUUGGCACCUAGACAGUCGCCCCACAUGCCGCCGAUGCAGAUGCAUAAUGGCCAGCACGGGCAUGUCCACGUUCCUUUCAGCAACUCGGAUGAUCAUAGGAUGAUGCAUUCAAAUUCGGCACAGUCGUUUGCCUCGCCCAGGAUGACGCAGAUUACCAUGGCUUAUGCACCGGCCUUGAACGCGCCGGCGCAGAUUCCCUACAGCCAGCCAGUAAUGCAGCCGUACAUGAACCCUGGGGCUCCUCAGAUGGGCUUCCGCAGCUUCUCUAACAACCCACAAUUCCUACCGCAACAGCAGCCCCAUCACAUGGCGGCUCAGAUGAUGGUUCAGCCGCAGUAUAUGACAGCACCGAAUGGCAUGGUGGCGGCUGGACCUCAAGUUCCAAUGUAUCCUGGCCCGCCGUUCAUGCCUCCUGGCGCCGUCCCGCCACAGUCAAUGGCAGGCUCUAUGGCAGGCUCGACGGGAUUUCCCAGCCCAGGCCGGCCGGCAGCAACCAUGAUGGUUCAUCAAGGCUCCCACCAAGGACAGGCGCCCGUCUAUGGAAUGAGUCCCGGGAUGCAAUAUCAGCAACCGGCGUACGCGCAGCAACCUCAGGGCAAGUUCUCUGGCCAGCGGCCUCAGUGAGCGAGUGAAGUCGGGGCACUCGCUACGUGUGGCAAUGCCGACAUUCAACUCUGUUGUGACACCUACUCUUUCAAGCCUGGCCGCGACUUGGAGCUUAGCGAGGUACCCAUCAUCAUCAACUAGAUGGUGGAAAAGUCUAAGCAAUAGUCAUAUUGAGCCAAAUCAAUGGCUCCGCUACGCAGAAUGAGAGAUAGAGGAUAGGGUGGGAGGGUGGAGAGAAAAGCAAAGGUAGGAGGAAAUCAUUGCUAGCUUUGAUGGAAGCUUUACAAACUUUUGACAUUAUUCCGUAGCCGUCCUGACUACUCGUGUGUCUGACUUGUUCGCCAUGUCGGAGCGGUCUGUCGCGCGCGACACGGGUACAAGGGGG